CCUGCCAACCACCUCAGCACCCCUCGGCACACGUCGUGCCCGCGCGCUUCGCAGAAGCCCCUCUCACCCCCAGCCUAGGAGCUUCAAGCUCCUCAGGCCGAGGGACACCGGCGCUGGCCUUCAGCCCCGCCCUUUCUGGCUGCCUGCGUACUUUGCCUGACUUAGUAUUCUUCCCCACCCCCACCACCGAUCUCUUUAGGCUCCUAUUAUUACCGAUUUUACUCGCUAGAACCGGUCAGAGGUGCGGAGGAGAAAGACGUUAGGGGUGAGGGAGAGACGGUGGGCUGCCCACAGGCCCUUACUAGGGCACCUCCGAACCGUCCCUCGGCCAUCAGGACCUUCUAAGGACCUGGAGUCUGCGGUUGCCUAGAAACGGCCGCUAGCCACCCUCCCUCCCGCCCCCACUUAUACUUUCCGCCUCCUGCUGCCCCCGAGGGUAUUUCCGGUUCCGGCUGCGAGCCGCAGAAGACAUGGCGGCGUCUGCGUCGGCAACUGCAGGGGAGGAGGACUGGGUCCUUCCCUCUGAAGUUGAAGUGUUAGAGUCAAUCUACCUGGAUGAACUACAGGUGGUUAAAGGAAAUAGCAGAUCGUCACCGUGGGAGAUCUCCAUCACCCUGCACCCCGCCACUGCCGAAGACCAGGAUUCGCAGUAUGUCUGCUUCACUCUGGUGCUUCAGGUUCCAGCACAGUAUCCCCAUGAGGUGCCACAGAUCUCUAUCCGUAACCCCCGAGGACUCUCAGAUGAACAGAUCCACAAGAUCUCACAGGCGCUGAGCCAUGUGGCUGAGGCUGGACUGGGUACGGCCAUGCUCUAUGAGCUCAUCGAGAAAGGGAAGGAAAUCCUUACAGAUAACAACAUCCCCCACGGCCAGUGCGUCAUCUGCCUCUAUGGUUUCCAGGAGAAGGAAGCCUUUACCAAAACACCCUGUUACCACUACUUCCACUGCCACUGCCUGGCCCGGUACAUCCAGCACAUGGAGCACGAGCUGCAGGCCCAGGGACGGGAACAGGAACAGCAACGGCAGCACGCCGCAGCUAAACAGAAGGCCGUGGGUGUGCAGUGCCCAGUGUGCAGAGAGCCGCUCGUGUACGAUCUCGCCUCACUGAAAGCAGCCCCCGAACCCCAACAGCCCAUGGAGCUGUACCAACCUGAUGCAGAGAGCCUGCGCCAGCAAGCAGAACGCAAGAGGCUGUACCAGAGACAGCAGGAGAGAGGGGGCAUCAUUGACCUUGAGGCUGAGCGUAACCGGUACUUCAUUAGCCUCCAGCAGCCUCCUGCCCCUUUGGAACCUGAGUCAGCUGUAGAUGCCUCUAGAGGAUCCCACCCACCCAGUGCCCUUGCCACAGAACCAUCCAUCUCAUCAACUGCUCAAACCACCCUGUCACCUCCUCUGCCUGUGACCUCCCAGUACACGUGUGAGAAGAUUCCAGGGCUUGGGCCAAAUCAGCAAAAGCUGGGCGAGACCCAGAGAGCUAUGCCAGAACCCCCCCGGGCCAGUCGAGGCCCCUGGAGACAGGCCGAACGGAGGCACCUAAAGGGAGGGGAAUGCAGUGUCCUCAAAGGUACCAUUGACACCCAGGAACUGCCACCUCCUGAGGGGCCCCUCAAGGAGGCCAUGGACCUAAAGCCAGAGUCCCGUAACCAAGGGGUGGAAGGUCCUCCUCAGGAGAAGGGGCCUGGCAACUGGCAGGAUCCCCCACCCCGCAGGACUCGGGACUGUGCUCGCUGGGAGCGCUCCAAGGGUCGGACACCAGCUUCUUCCUACCCCCGCCUGCCCCGGGGAAGGGGAGCCUAUCGGCCUGGUACUCGAAGGGAGCCCGUGAGCCUUGAAUCUGAAGAUGGUUCCUAGCAGUACCUGGAGGGGACAGGGAAGUGGGAGGGGGCAAUAAAGAGAUUUGGCCUGGUUUGGCUUUCCUUAC